AUGGCGCACCCAGCUCCACUUCGAGUCUUAGCAAUAGUCUCGCAACGAAGUUCCCUAUUUGCCACAGCUCGCGACAGCCCCGAGGAACUGAUUCCGUUAGCCACUCGGCUGCUCAGAAGGAAUUCCUUCCUGAGAAUGUCCGACCCCAAAGAUACAAGACUGCUUGCCGUCCAAAAAUGGAGAACUCGCAUCUUCCUCGUCUUUGACAUCGCCAACACCGACUACGACGCAAGGCAGGGACAUCUCCCUGAACACAAUCAACUCCCCGUGGUCGUCACACACUUCAGCAAGAAAAAGAGCGCAUAUGCGGCCAAUCAAUGGGUAGCACGGAGGGUCAACCAUGAUAUCGCGAUGCUUCACAAUGCCAACGGUUUCAACUCUGUGCCGCCGUUCAUAGAGGACCACAGCCUGGGCAAACCCCCUGCAUAUCACAGUCCUCGAGACAUCUCCAUGUUACGGGUCACGUACAUCUAA